UCAGGGGCAGGAGGUGGCGGUCGACCGAAUCUGAAGGAUGGGUACUCUAACUGGUCCAUCCGAAUGAGCGUCCAAAGCCAAAGGGGAAUGUCCUCAGGAAGGAGGGUGCGUCUCUGGGGUAUAGAUGCCCCUUUUUUAUUUUCUAAGUUAAUGUUAAAACUAUUCCUUGUGUGUCCAA